AUGCGCGCAUCUUGGUUCCUCAUUUCUACUCUAGCGGCUCUGGCCACAGCUGAUGAGCCUGGCACAACAACCAUCAGCUAUUUCGGAGUCGACAAUAAUAACGGCGUCAAUAUCGGCGCCUACUCCAGCACCGCAGCCCGAGUUGUUGGCGUCGACAAGCACGCCACGACUUAUGAGAUCGCCUGCUUGAAAGGCGCGUCCAAGUGCGCAUUGAACCAUCCCGCAACCAUGAUCCAGGGCGAUACCACUUUCAGCAUCUCCAUGGAAAUAACUGUGGUUACCAGCGGUGGUACAGCCCACGCAACCGCCAUCGAGUCAUGCAGUUUCACCCGCGUUUCUGAAUCUGCUGUCUGCACGUUCGGUUUCGAUUACAGUGUCUCCCUGGAUGGUCAAACCAUUUCAACGUCCACCUCUAGCACACAAUCCAUCCCGUCGCAUUCGGUUACUUAUCACGCUCUUACUAUCACCGAUGGCGUCUACGCUCUCAAGGCUGAUGCGACGGGUUCGGCUUCGCCGGUGAAGGUCACUCCGACUGCUUCUACUGGUGGUGCUGCGGCUGCUGCCAAGCCUUUGAUUACUGCUGCGCCGUUGGGUGCUGCUGCUGCUUUGGCUGCUUUUGCGGCUAUGCUCUAA